AUGCCCGUGCCGAACCUGCUGGGCCCCCGCAGGCUGGUGCUGGACUGCAGCGCCCUGCUGGAUCACCGCGUUGGCGGGGGAGUCUGUGGUUGCUGCGGGGCGUUACGGCCUCGGUACAAAAGACUCGUGGACAACAUCUUCCCAGAGGACCCUGAGGACGGCCUGGUCAAAGCCAACAUGGAAAAGCUGACCUUCUACGCCCUGUCGGCCCCGGAGAAGCUGGACCGCAUUGGGGCAUACCUCUCCGAGAGGCUGUCCCGGGACGUGGCGCGGCACAGAUACGGGUACGUGUGCAUUGCCAUGGAGGCGCUGGACCAGCUGCUGAUGGCCUGCCACUGUCAGAGUAUUAACCUGUUUGUGGAGAGUUUCCUGAAGAUGGUGCGCAAGCUGCUGGAGUCAGACAAGCCCAACCUGCAGAUCCUGGGCACCAACUCGUUUGUGAAGUUUGCCAACAUCGAGGAGGACACACCCUCGUACCAUCGCAGCUACGACUUCUUUGUGUCGCGCUUCAGUGAGAUGUGUCACUCCAGCUACGAGGAUCCUGACGUUCGCACAAAGAUCCGCAUGGCGGGAAUCAGGGGUCUGCAGGGUGUGGUGAGGAAGACGGUCAAUGACGAACUGCAGGCCAACAUCUGGGACCCGCAGCACAUGGACAAGAUCGUCCCGUCCCUCCUGUUCAACCUGCAGCAGGAUGAGGGCGGGGACAGCUGUGCAUCCUCGCCGCCGCAGGCCUCAGAGAAGGAGAAAGAGAACCCAGCGGAGCUGACAGAGCGCUGCUUCAGGGAGCUGCUGGGGAGAGCUGCUUAUGGCAACAUCAAGAACGCAGUCACACCUGUGCUCAUGCACCUUGAUAACCACUCACUGUGGGAGAGCAAAACCUUUGCAGUGCGCUGCUUCAAGAUCAUUAUGUACUCCAUCCAGUCCCAACACUCUCACCUGGUGAUCCAGCAGCUGCUGGGACACCUGGAUGCCAACAGUAAGAACUCAGCCACAGUGCGAGCUGGGAUAGUGGAGGUGCUGUCGGAGGCAGCGGUCAUAGAGGCCAGCGGCUCUGUGGGCCCCACCGUGCUGGAGGUGUUUAACACUCUGCUGAGGCAGCUCCGUCUCAGUGUGGACUACGAGCUGACCGGCUCCUACCACCCCGAGAACACCGGCGGCCCAGAGGUCAAAGAGCAGGAGGAGAGGCAGCUCAGGGAGGCUGUCAUCAAGACCAUCGGUUCCUUUGCUAACACUCUGCCCACGUACCAGCGCUCAGAGGUCAUGCUGUUCAUCAUGGGAAAGAUCCCCAUUCCCGGGAUGCACCCCAUCUUUGGCUCGGCCGAUUCCGGGUUCGAGGGAAGCCGCAUGAUUCAACUUAUGCUGCUGAAGUCACUUUUACGGGUGACCUCAGGUUUCCAGACCACCAACAUGCUGAUGGCCCUGCCCACCUCCUUCCUGGACCCCCUGCUGUCCUUCACCCUGAUGGAGGACACCGAGAUUCGGCUGCUGGUGCUGGAGAUAUUGGUCAGCCUCAUCGAUCGCCACGACAACCGGCCCAAGUUCUCCUCCAUCAGCAUCAUAUCAGAUAUCUCCAUCCUGAAGCUGAAAGUGGAUAAGUGCUCCCGACAGGACAACCUCUUCAUGAAGAAGCACUCUCAGAGGCUGUACCGCCACAUCUUCCUGGCCUGCAAAGAGGAGAACAGCGCUCAGCUGCACUUCGAGACACUCUACGCCCUAUUGGCUCUCAUCAGCAUGGAGCUGGCCAAUGAGGAGGUGGUGGUGGACCUCAUUCGCCUGGCCCUGGCCCUGCAGGAACUGGCUCUGACCAAUGAGGAGACCCUCCCUGUGUAUAACCGCUGUGCCCUCCACGCCCUGUCCGCUGCCUACCUCAACCUCAUCUGCCAGCUGACCACCGUGCCCAGCUUCUGCCAGCACAUCCAGGAGGUGAUCGAGGCACGACAGAAAGAAUUCCCUUUCCUGCUCCCCGAGGACAUCUUCAUCGAGGAACCUCGAAUCCCUCUGAACCUGGAGAAGCUGGAGGGACAGGUGCUGUUCCUACAGGCCAAAAUCACAGAGGUGCUGGGGGGCAGUGGGUACAACGCUGACCGACUGGCGACCCCCUACAUCCCCCAGCUCACAGAGGAAGACCGGCUCGCCAAGAGGAAGAGUAUCGGGGACACCAUCUCGCUGCAGGUGGAGGUGGACUCGAGGAACAGCCCGGAGAGAGAGGAGAGAAGCCCUGCAGAGGAGAUCACAUUUGAAACUUUGAAAAAGGCCAUCGUGGACAGCAUCGGGACGGAGCAGCAGGAGCGUGAGAAGAGGAGGCAGGUGGUGGAGAAGUUCCAAAAGGCGCCUUUCGAGGAGAUAGCUGCUCACUGUGGGGCCAGGGCUUCAUUGCUUCAGAGUAAACUCAAUCAGAUCUUUGAGAUCACGAUCAGGCCUCCUCCCAGUCCGUCCGGCUCCAUCAGCGCGGGGCAAGGCCAGUCUCAGAGACGCUCUGUGCCGGUCUACGAGAUGAAGUUUCCUGACCUCUGCGUGUACUAG